GCUGCAAGGCUACCGUCAUUACCGCAUUACCGCCGUUACCACAUAUAAUACGCCGCCGGCAGCCGCACGAGGGAAAUGCUUGGUGUUCCAUACCGACUCUAUCGUGCCUUGCCUGGCAGCAGCCUCAGCUAACACCUCCCUGGGCUGCCCGCCGAGCCUGCUACCUCCUCUCCCUCUGUCAUGAUCAUCGGCGUGCAACUAUACCAUCUAUCCUGCGACCCUGAGGUGAACGCGUGCCGAUAUGAACCUGCUACUUUCCGACGAUUACCUGCUUCAGGAUUAUCCCGAGAACAUCACCAACACCAUUCGUUCCGGCCACACGACAUGUCUGCGGUUCAAUCGCAAGGGCGACUACCUGGCCUCCGGUCGCGUCGACGGCACCGUCGUGGUUUGGGACCUUGAGACCAUGGGCGUGGCGCGCAAGUUACGAGGCCAUAGAGCGGCAAUAACUUCGCUGAGUUGGUCUAGAUGCGGCCGCUACCUUCUCUCCGCCUGCCAAGGCUGGAGGGCUGUUCUCUGGAACCUGCAGGAUGGCACGAGGUAUCGGGAGGUCCGCUUUCGCGCGCCCAUCUACACUGCAGAUCUGCACCCUUGGAACCACAACAUGUUCGUUGCCUCCAUCUUCGACGAAGCCCCCUCACUUGUCGAUAUGAGCGGCCCGAGCGACGUUAAGCACACCCUCCCCUCUGCGCCCAAGCGAGCGAAUGCCGACGCCGACGCCGCGACUAGGGAAAAACAGGCCAAGGAGGACGCGAAGCAGAUGACCACCGCGACGGUGUGGACGGCUACGGGUGAUCACAUCCUCGCGGGCACGAACAAAGGCCGGUUCAACAUUAUCGAUGCCAACACCCGCGAAAUCAUAUGGUCCGAGAAGAUAUGUAGCUCGGUGGUAACUACCAUACGGUUGACGCGGUCGGGCCGCGAGUUACUGGUGAAUUCGCAGGAUCGCAUCAUCAGGACCUUCCACCUACCUAACCUGUCGGCGGAGGACCUCGACCCCGAUACGAUACAGAUGCCGCUCGAGCACAAAUUCCAAGACGUCGUCAAUAGGCUGUCUUGGAACCACGUCACGUUUAGCGCCACGGGCGAGUACGUGGCGGCAUCUACAUACAACAAUCACGAAUUAUAUAUAUGGGAGCGAAAUCACGGCAGCUUGGUCCGGAUGCUAGAAGGGCCGAAGGAGGAGCAGGGUGUCAUAGAGUGGCACCCGCACAGAGCCCUCCUAGUCGCCUGCGGGCUCGAGACCGGCCGCAUCUACAUCUGGUCGGUGACCACGCCGCAGCGCUGGUCGGCGUUGGCGCCGGACUUUGUCGAGGUCGAGGAGAACGUCGAGUACAUCGAGAGGGAGGACGAAUUCGACAUCCACCCGCAGGAAGAGAUUAACAAGCGCCGACUGGAUAUGGAGGACGAGGAUAUUGACGUCUUGACGCUCGAUCCGAGCAAAGGGUACGACGAGGAGAUCGACGGUACCGGGUUCAGGAUGCCGGUGCUGUUCAACCUGGGCGAGAGCGACAGCGAAGAGGAAUUCGUCACAGUGUCGACGGGCACGGUGCGUCGUAGGAGCCUCGGCGAGGGACAGGAGGGCGAGGCUUCCAACGGGGAAGCAGGAACCGGAGGGAAUAAGAAGGCCGGCGGCAAGGGCACGAGAGGGAGGAAAAAGUGAUGGAAUUAGAAUAGACAUUGUUGUUGUUAAUGUACGUAUACCGACGAUAAGCCUAGACACGCGUUGCCCGCAUUGACCGAUUCCGGAGCAUAUGCAGUCGGCGCCUUAGUCUGGAUCCCCGGACUCGACUUGGGCGUUGGGAUGCGAUGAAUGCGAUGGCGAUGAGGCAAGGCAGGUAAAAAGAUUUUAACACCCGGUUACCCGGGUACUCAACAAUCCCCCGCACUGUACAUAUACGUGGGACGCCUAAUACAAAUGCGCGGCUUGCCCAGAGAAAACCUCAAGUAGGGGUACCUAAGGUUGCAGUCACA